AUGGCAAAUGGUGCACCAAGUAAACAGGUUUCGUCGGUAUGGAAGGGCAAAGCCAAGGCGGCAGAAUCAGACUUCGACGACCUCGGUCCAACCAUCACAUAUCGACAUCUUCUGUCUCACAGCCUGGGCGUGAAGGAUCCUCUCCGAGUUGUUGCGCUUUGUGACAGCGAUGCGUUCUACGCCGCGUGUGAGCAGGUCCGUCUGGGAAUUGAUCCGACGAAGCCUCUGGUCGUCCAACAAUGGGAUUCCCUCAUCGCAGUAAAUUACCCCGCUCGCAAGUUUGGAAUCACCAGGAUGGAAAAGAUCAAGGAGGCACGGAGAAAAUGUCCAGAGCUCCUCGUCGUGCACGUCGCAACCUAUAAGGAGGGCGAGAAAGAGCCCGGAUAUUGGGAGAACCCAGACACCUUGACACACAAGUUGCUUGACUACGUCCGUCAUCAGGUAUCUCUCGAUCACUACAGACGAGAGAGCAUGAAGAUCAUCCGCAUGUUUCAGGAGGGAUUACCGACGGGAGAGAUUGAGAAGGCAUCCAUUGAUGAAGCUUUUAUUGACUUUACUCGUCCUGUCCGCGAAGAGAUUUUGCGUCGUUACCCCCACCUCGCGCAAGUCCCGCCUGACGCACCUCAAGGUUUGGAUAGCGCACUUCCCCCGCCUUCACCAAUCUCGUGGGAUGGCCUGGGCGUUGUCAUUCCGAUCGACCCUUCAAAGCCAGAGACUCCAUCGAAUGUCUCCGAGCCUGGCUUACGCGACGAACAGGCAAGGGUUGACGGUCGCAAGGAUGAUGCCGAGAUCACAGAGGACGUUACCUUGACAACGUGGCACGAUGUCGCUCUGUCCAUCGCUGCAGAGCUCAUGGGCAAAAUCAGAAGCGACAUUUAUCGAACACUUGGCUAUACGACCUCAGCUGGUAUCGCCAGGAACAAGUUCUUGGCUAAACUGACUGCCUCAUACAAGAAGCCAAACAGUCAGACCAUUCUCCGCAAUGCUGCGAUACCCAAUUAUCUCAAACUGACCCCAUUUCAGAAGAUCCGCUUUCUCGGCGGGAAAUUGGGGAAAGCUAUGGCAGAAGAGUACGACGCAUCAACGGUUGGUGAUCUCCUCGCGAUAAAUCUUGAUGAAAUGCAACGCAAGUUCGGUGAGAACUCGAUAUGGGUUUAUGAAAUCUUGCGAGGUGUAGAUAGAUCUGAAGUGAAGGAGAAGUCUGCGGUCAACAAGAGCAUGAUGGCGUCAAAGAACCUACUCCAACCCGUUACUAAGCCUUCCCAGGGGCACCAUUGGAUUCGGGUGCUUGCUGCAGAGCUAGCUUUGCGAUUGAACGAAGCUAGAGAAGAGAUGUCUGCCCUUUGGCCGAAGACUCUCGUCCUGCAUGCCAGGAAAGGAUACGAGACCGGACAUUCGAAGCAGAUGUCGUUUCCAUUCGCUCGCAAUGUAACAGUCGACUUGAUAGCAACCGCAGGAGACAAGCUGUGGCGAGAUCUGAUUGGUACAGAUACUUCGUGCUCGGGACCUCUCAAAAUCACCAACGUGGCGCUGGGAUUCACCGGCGUCGAGAGCAUGGAAGCUGGACAGCGAAGCAUCGAGGGGUUUCUAAAGACACCACCCCUCCCUGACGUCGCACGACGAAGCUUGGAUGAGGCUGCCAAACGCAAGAGGGGCCUACAUGAUGACCUCGAGGCCUUCGCGAGAUCAGACAACCGGGCACGGACGGGCACCGGUGACGGUUCGCAUGACACCAACACAUCAUUCCUGUGUGAUAGAUGUAGUGAAUGCGUCGCGCUCCCGGAUGAUCUGGCAGUUGAUGGCGUCGGGGAUGAUAUCCGGCGAGAGGCGCUGGCAGCACUUCGCAUGGAGCAUGAUGAUUUCCAUCUUGCACAACAGUUGGCCAUGCAGCUAUCUUCGCCCAGCAGUUCCAAGAGGUUUCGACCAUUGGACAAGACUCGUUCGGAGAAGACUAAACGGAAGGGACAAUCCAAGAAUAUUGCGACAUUCUUCAGCGGGAAGUAG